CCCUAACCCAACUCGGGUUCCGUGGAGUCGGUGAGGAAGAUAAGAAGAGUCAAGCUGAUUUGAGUUCUUCAGAAUUCUUAUGGCGAUUUCGAAAGGUAGAUUGAAAGCUUGGUUCGAUAAGAAGAUCAGUGAACCACUUGUCCAGAUCUUGCGCAGAGGUGCUGAGCCAAAGCAGCUGGCUUUUUCUGCGGCAUUGGGUAUUACCAUGGGAGUAUUUCCAAUCUGCGGUGUUACCGUGUUGCUAUGUGGCGUGGCUAUUGCGUCGCUUGGAUCUCUUUGUCAUGCUCCAACUGUGAUGUUGGCUAACUUCAUUGCUACUCCAAUAGAACUUAGUCUUGUGGUGCCUUUCUUACGACUUGGCGAAAAAAUAACCGGUGGACCUCAUUUUCCUUUAACAUCUGAUGCCCUAAAGAAGGUUUUCACCGGUCAAGCUUCCCGAGAUGUUUUUAUAAGCAUUGGAAAUGCGCUACUAGGAUGGCUCAUAGCAGCUCCAUUUGUGAUCGUUGCACUAUACAUCCUUUUUCUCCCAUGUUUCAAAAUCCUUGUCCGCAAAUUCAGCUCUGCUGAUCCAACCGCAAAGACACCUACAAAGGAAAGGAUCGCUUAAAAUCAAACAGUUCUUGGUUUCUACAAUGCUAGAGCAUUGGAGUUUCUAUAACCUUAUGUUCUGCAAUAUCGAUGCUGAGGUCCGUGUUUGAAUUAUCUGUAACAAUAAACCUCCCUGUAAAUUACAGUGUUUGAAACAGUUUAGACCUUAGGAGGAGAAUGUCAAAGGGAAAUAUAGAAGACAAGUCAUGUACUCAUAUUGUGUCUAAAUAUAUAAUGAGAAGGCAGAUAAAUGUUUUCAAGAUAAA